UCUCACCUCUAUAUUAAUGCACCUGUAGCAUUAGUCUCACAGUAGACUCAGCAUUCUCCAGGAUCCCUCUCUCCCUCUUUCUCACUGAAGAAAACAGAAUCCAGAGCCGUCAUGUCGUCCAGUUUCUCAGUGCGGAGCUUCUCUGUGGGCCGUCAGCCCUCUUUCUCAAGCCUGUCUCUGAGAGACAGCGUCCGUGCCCGCUCCAGAGCUGCCGUGUCCUUUGCCACCAGCCCCCUGACCCGCUCCGCCUCCAUCAGCCAUGACCUGAACAGAGUUCCAGUCACCCUGAACCUCAAUGGGCAGCUGGGCAACCACACCAAUGAGAAGGAGGCCAUGCAGGGCCUCAACAACCGCCUGGCCACUUACCUGGACAAGGUGCGCUCCCUGGAGACGUCCAACGCAGACCUGGAGCUGAGGAUCAAGCAGAUAAUGAUUGAGCGCCUCCCUAAAGGUCACGACUUCGAAACCAUGAUGGCCCAGGCCCACCAGGUGGAACAGGAGGUGAGGAAGAAGACACUGGAGAACGCUCGCCUCAUGCUGGAGAUUGACAAUGCUAAACUGGCAGCUGACGACUUCAGGAUCAAGUGGGAGACAGAGUUGUGCAUGUCCCAGUCUGUGGAGAGGGACUGUUUGGCCCUGAAGAAGGCCAAGGUGGACCAUGAUCAGAUCAUUGGGUCCCUGAAAGGAGACCUAGACAGCCUGAAGGAAGAGAUCUACUUCCUGAAGAAGAACCAUGAGGAGGAGGUGGAGUCUAUGAAGGGCCAUAUUGCUGCUCAGACUGUGAACGUGGAGGUGGACGCGGGCCGUGGUGGACCUGAACUGGGCACAGUAAUGUCAGAGCUCAGAACUCAGUACGAGGGCAUCAUCAAGAAGAACAAGGACCAGGCUGAGCAGUGGUACCUCAAGAAGCUGGAGAUGGUGCAGAACGAGGUAAAGGAGUCUAACGAGGCUCUCAGGGGGGCUCAGAGUGAGUUGGUGGAGAGACAACGCUUCCUACAGAACCUGGAGGUGGAGCUGGAGAGUCUGCACAAACAGGUGUCAGCUCUGAAGGGUAACCUGGGGGAGACUGGUCAGAAGUACAGCCUGGAGAUGGAGCGUCUGCAGACCACGCUGUCCCAGCUGGAGGAGGACCUGUCUCAGCUGCGUCUGGACAUGCAGCGCAACAAGACGGACUAUGAACAGCUGCUCCGCAUCAAGCAGAACUUAGAGAUAGAGAUCGCCACCUACAGGAGACUGCUGGAGGGAGAGGAGAUGAUUAAAGAAGUACCAUCACCAAAACAGGAGCCGGAUGUGCGGACCAGGAAGAUAGUGAAGGUGGUGACUCAGACUAUGAUCAACGGCAAGGUGGUGGAUGAGUCCAGCGAGGUGGAGCAGAUACAGGAGGAGGUGAAGAAGAAGAAGAAGUGAGAAGGGCCUCAUCAUCAUCAUCAUCAUCUUCAUAUAGCCUCGUUAAUGUUAUUUUAUUGUGUUCUUUUUUAAAUUCAUUUUUACUUUAAUUAGUAAACAUUUUCUUAACUAUAAUUUCUUAAAACUGCAUUGUUGGUUAAGGGCUUGUAAGUAAGCAUUUCACAGUAAGGUCUACACCUGUGAGACAAAUAACAUUUGAUUUGAUUGUUUCUUCUCACACAUCGUGGUCAAGGGCCAGCCUUACCCACUGACCCUCAGAGGCCUCCACUAACAUGGAUGUCUGUUUCAUUCCCAUCAGAGUGUUAGUCUUCCCUGUUCCUUUCACAGCCUCAUGGAUAUGUCUGGGGACACUAUGAGCUAUAUAGUAUAUAGUAUGCAUACAAUAAUAUAAUAAUACAAUAAUAUGAGAUGUACUGAAAGUCAAUGAGAUGUAUCAUAUGGCAUCUGUCCCUCAGUUGUCACAUGACUAACAUGGCUGUUGUUUAAUAAAAGGUUUUGCUUUGUGCAUUAAACUAUUUAUUUCUAUAUUUAGGUAACAAGCAAUAGACACAGUAAAUCUCUUUCAACUGAACUGCAUUUUUUGGGCUGGGCUUUCAACAUGCUUUUGUGUCUGUGUCUAUAAACUUCUGUAAUGUCUGAAAUAAAGGUUUGUCUUUUAGUCAAA